CGGCUCACUAGUCGACCACGCGACUCGACGCGACGCUGGACAUGGCUGCGCUCAUGGGUGCUUCGUGGUGGAUAUUGACAUCCUUAUUGCUGCUGGGUACAUCAUCAGCUGACGAUCCGCCGAAAGCUGAACCCCGUGGAGACACCUACUUGGACGCUUAUGCAGACUCAUAUGGCAGGGGCGACCUCAUCGGUGCCAAUGGAGAAGGAGGUUACUUUGGAGAACCCAGUCCAGUGUAUGGUGGGCCAGUUGGAGGUGGGCCCAGUGGCAAUUAUGGCCCUCCACCGAGUGGAAUCUACGGUCCACCACAACCACGGCCUGUUUACGGACCGCCACACCUGCCCAAUGGGGGACCCUACCCAGCACCAGUGCGCCCACCCCUCCACGACCAUCACCAUCACCAUCACGACCACCACGACCUCUCCCCGGCACCCUAUGCUGCUCCCGAUCACUUCUUCCCACCUAUCCCCUUCGAUAUCAGCCUGCUCUUCAAGAUAAUCCUAAAAGUGGUCAUCUUCAAACUGAUUGUCAAGUUUAUUGCUGUCAUAUGCCUUCUGCUCUUUUUGCCAGCCCUCGAGAUAUACAAGAAAGGCAUGGGCAUGGUGGGCGGCGGGGCUGGCAAUAGCAGUGGGGAUGCUGAUGAUGACCGGGCCUUCUCAGGCAUGGUGGAGGCUCGAGCGCUGAACGAGCUAACGCAUAGAGUGACGUCAGCUCUGGAUGCUUUCACCGGCCGCAGCGGUGAGCAGUGCAGUGACGCAUGGAGCUGCAGGUUGCAGAGGACAUUCCAGGAAAUCGACCGUCGAACCAGCAUACCCAGGUUGCUGGUUGAAUAUCUGCCUCCACUGAUGCCCGACAGCAACACGACGUCUAUCUACAGAGAUCAGCAGGCUGCCAACCGGCAGAAAAAGCUCAGAUGAAAGGAACGCCUUAUCUAUUUAUUUAUUUAUUAAUUUAUUUAUUUAUACAUUUACUGGUUAUUUAUUUUUAAAAAUAAUUUAAUUUACGGACAUGUGUAAAUAAAAGUAUUUUCUUUUAAAA